UUAUUUCUAGAUCAUUUUUCCAGUGUAGAUGUAAAAUGGACUUAAUACUAAUGCCUGCUGUUUACGUUUGUAUGCUCUGGUUCCUCUUGACAUCUAUGCACUAUUGUGUAAUCCAUCAGAAAAUUGUUUGAGCCGUAAUGUGAAAAGAUAUGUUUUCUUUAAGUUAAAUUGCACCUUAUGUUUUAGUCUGUCCCGAUUCUCUAACAAAUGCUUUUAUAGAAAACAUCCAAAAGGUGCAUAAUUACCAUACAAACUGUAAUCAACAUCUCAUGUGGAUUGCAUUAAAUUCAUAUACAUGAAAUCUCUAAUGUAAAUUGGUUGGAUUAUAUUUCAUUUGUACUUAUUAUACAGCAGGUUUUCCUAUCUCCUAAUUGGCCCCAUGAGGGUUCAGUCUGUUCGCUUUUAGCCAGCUGGGGACAGCAGCUGUCAAUCAAACUGCUCUUUAUAACUCACCACAGGGUCUGCAUCUCUGCGUCUCAGGGUAAAGCAGAGCACAGGCAAGAGCUCCGCUAUUAACUCCUGAAUGACAGCAAACUACUUCUUCUCAUCGGACCUCUUCAGCAACCUUUGAUCGUUUCUUUGGCUAUCACGGAAUUCGCCGAUUUUUCUUUUUCUUGUGAAAUCGUCAUCUCUUUAAACAUCGAUGGAUAAGCUGGUUGGAAGCAACGCGACUGUGGAGAACAACUCCUUAAACAAGUGGACAUUCAAUGAACCUGGCUUGUUCCACCAUCGGGACACAAAUGAGCUCAGGGUGUUGGUGCCAACAAUUCUGGGAGUCAUCUGUGUUUUAGGUGUGGCUUGUAACCUCACUGCAAUGGUCAUUCUGUUCUCGAAUGCCCACAGGGGCAAACUAUCCCUCAUCAAUUCACUUAUCUUUAACCUGAUGUUCGCCGAUGGGAUGGUGUUGAUGUUCACCGUCCCUUUCAGGGCUGUGUCCUACUCCAAGGCGAGCUGGAACCUGGGGUGGGUGGUGUGCAAGACGGCGGACUGGUUCCUUCACUCCUGCAUGGUGGCAAAGAGCCUCACGGUGGCUUUCAUGGCCAAAGCCUGCAGCCAAUAUGUGUCAAACCCGACCAGGCAGGUGAGCAUCCACCUGGGCGCCAUCCUGGUGAUUCUCUUCUUCAUCUGGCUGUCUGCCUGCUCUGUCACUAUUCCACUGUGGCUGUUUGCUGGGAUGCACAGAGAGAUCCAUGGACUUGUGUGUGAGCUAACGGUUCCUCCAGAAGCUAAAGACUUUAUGUCUGUGUAUGUCAAAGCGUACCCUUUGGCGGUCUUCUGCGCACCUCUUAGUUUUGCCCUGAUGUAUUUUUGGAAGGCUUAUGGCCACUGUCAACGUCGCUCCAGUAAGUCUCAGAACCUGCGCACACAGAUUAGAUCCAGAAGGCUCACCUUGAUGCUUUUCAGCCUCACCCUGGCCAUGGCUCUCCUGUGGCUGCCUCAGUGGGUGGUAUGGGUUUGGGAGCGUCAUCUUGCUGAGAAAGAAACUGAAGGAGUUCAGCCAUUGAGUUCCUCUCCUCCCCUUUUCCUCACCCUCUCUGCUCAGCUUCUCACCUUCUCUCUGUCGUUGGUGAACCCUCUGAUUGUCCUCUUCCUUUCCGAGGAGUUCAGAGAGAGUUACCGGGGGCUGUGGAGGCGUCUCACCCUGCGCAAACAGCCUCCACCAAAACCAAAGUCUGGACCUCACAACCCUACCUCUCUUCUCCCUUGUCCCAGACCAGAGACAUCAGGGCAGUUGAGGGGAGAGAGGGGGCUCCAUCUCAGCUCAAGCCAGGAAAUCAGCAGUGAGGCUCAGCCUACGAUAGAGCAAGGCAAACCUAGAUGGGACGGAGAGGCAGACAGGGUGAGCCUUAAAGACGGGAUUGUCUUACCGGACGUUGAACAGUUCUGGCAGGACAGGGAGACCGGAUUAAACACAGAUGAAAACGAUCCGGUUCCGUGGGAGAACCAGACCAAAGAAGAGAAAAAAUAACAACGACCUGUGAAGCUAAUUACCGAAACACCUCUCCCAACUGCUGCAAUGUAAAUUAUUGUUGUGCUUGUCUUCUCUUGUGUGUACGAUAUUGUUGAAAGGUAAGAGUUGCAAUCAGAGUGAGUGUGUAAUACAAAUAGAGAAGUGUCAUCUGCAUAUGUGAUCACUUUUUGCAGUUUGUAAGGUGAUCAUUAGUAAAACUUUACUAUUAUUCGUAAGAAAAAUACUUUAUUUCCACUUAAAGUCUGAACCGUAAAUAGUCAAAAAGCAGCUUUUCUGUUUUUGCCCUUACUUAAACUCAAUUUAACCUUAAACAGCAAAAUAUAUCGAUGUGUAAUAAUUACGAUUAUUAACAUAGGAAAGUGGUUUGUGUGUAGAUAUAGAAGUGACGUUGAAAGGUAUUUCUUUACUUUAGAUAUUAAGUAGAUUUAUUUUCAAAGUGUGUCUUAAUAGAAAAUGUUUUAAAUAAACAUGCCGUCAAAA